AUGCCCUUCCUCUCUCUCUUUCUCCUCCCCCAAUUACUCAAAGGCUUCGCCCGCAAAUUCCACUCCACCCCCCUCGCCGCAGCAAAGCCCUCCCGCCGCCGUCUCGAGCACAUCCUCCGCAAUGUGCCGAAAUACCCUUACCCGAUAAAGCACACCUUCAAGCAGAGCUGGUUCGGCCUGUACGGUGGGAAGCACAUACAAUUCGGCAACAACGUUCCGGAGAACUUCCUCCGCUAUAAGACGCGCAGACAAUGGUUGCCAAACGUCAGGCAUAGAAGUGUGUAUUCCAGGGCGCUGGGGAUGCAUUUUAGUUUGGAUAUUACUACCAGCGUUUUACGUACUGCCCAGCUUCUCCCCUUACUGAUAGAAGCGGAGAAGAUGGCUGAUUUUGGAGAGGGAGUGGGUGAACAGGGACAAUCGAUAAAGUCGGUGGUUUAGACGCAUACCUCACCGGCACGAAACCAGCUAGGUUAAAAGAGCUUGGACCAACGGGCUGGCGCCUCCGCUGGCGCGUACUGAAUUCUCCGAAUUAUAAGAGGCAAUUGCAAGCUGAGCGGAAGGCUCUCGGACUGGCGGAUGGACAGGAGCCUGUGUUCCCUGCCGCGGCUUCGGCUGCUGGAGCGAGUGAUAAAUUGGGGGGGUCAUUGGAGGACGCUUUCGGCGGAGGGGAAGAAGGGGUGAAAGGUGAGGGGGAGGAGGAGGAGGAGGUAGCUGUCGCUGCACCGAAAAAGGCAAAACCAAUCUCCGCUGGGAAGGAACUUAUGGCGGAGUUGGAGAGGGCCAGGGCGCAGAGGGGUGACAGGAGCGGGGGGAAGAAGGCGUAG